AUGGCGGCGGCCAAUGCGACGCCGCCAUUCCAUGCGGGAAGAGAUUCGGCUGCAGAAUUUGCAGGGUUGAGGCUGUGCUUGCAGCAGCGUGGUCUCCGGGAUUACAUUAUCCCCAAUUCGCCAGAUCAUAAUGCAUCAUCUGGCAAGGAGCAAUUGACGAUGAUGGGUGUUAUUAUGAUUUUUGUAGUGAGACCCAUGCGCAAGAUCGUCUGCACCUUCUGGUAUCAUUGCAAUGCCGAGACCAACAUGUACGUGGACGAGUGA